AUGGUCACUUCAAACUGGCAGUCCGAAAAGCGUCUGUUAUGGAAUCCGCGGCAAGGAAACAAAUUCAUCGUAGGCGGGGGAUCGCAGAUAACGCUGUACGAAUGGACCGAAGAAUACCCUGAAAUUCGACAUAUAACAUCCCAGCAUGACCUUCAGUACAUGAAGUGUUUUGCCUGGUCCCCAGACCCGUAUUUCGACGAUCUCGUUGCUGUUGGUAACAGCUCUGGCCGUGUGGACCUUUUUCGGCUGGAAGCGUCGAAAUACGCGCGUCGAAACAAUGUUCUUUCGAUGGGACCGACCAUUUCUUUCCCGUUGAGGAAUACUCGGUCGUGCAACGCGUUGUCCUUCUGUUCGGCGGAUCCCAAUUAUCUUGCUGUCGGGCUCGAUAAAGCGCGUGGAGACUGCAGUCUUGUAAUUUAUGACAUCGCUAGCAGUCUUCCCAGUCUUGUUCUGCCUGUGGACCCAGUGGAGACCGUCAGCUCUGCGUCCAGACGCCAACCACAGAUUCCUCGAGCGGACCUUGGGCCUCGUACUGACGCACGCAUCCUGCAGCAGCAUGCUCCUACUGAAAUCGUAUCUGCUCUUUCGUUUCUCCCAAAUUCAACCAAUCUCCUCCUUGCCAGCAUAUCGUCACGGUGGUUACGGUUGUUCGACUUGCGCUCACCUAUGCCCGCAACGACCAAUGUUGCAUCCAAGGUUUAUGGCAUCGCAACGGAUCCUUUUGAACCAAGACGCAUCGCCUCCUUUGGGGAUGGUAUUGUCACUGUGUGGGAUACGAGGAAGUUUGUACAGCCCCUCCUCACCUUCACUGAGAGGGAAGCGUCUGCAGCCGAUGGCGCUGUUAGGGAUUAUAUCCAACCAUACAAUAUUGUUGAGUUUUCCUCGACAAGACGAGGGACCCUGGCCACAUUGGAGAGAAACGCUUUGAGAGUGAGAAUGUGGGACAUCAUGGAAGCCCAAGCUCAAUUGAUGAACGACAGAUCCUCUGAUGGAGAGAAAUCGCGAGAUUCGGCACCUUCAAGCCGGACGACGAAGCGAUCGUGGCCAAACUUACCGUGGGGUGGUGCGGCGAAUACAGACACGGCUGUACCAUCAGGAAGAGAACCAGCGUCUCAGGCGAACAUGAUUCUGUAUGACACUCGCCAAACCAAGUCAUUCGAUCGACCGUUGGCAUCUUUUGCUCUAGUUCCGUCGACUUGUGCCCAUCCUCUUUCAUCUAACAUCAUGGUUGUCAACAAGGAAGGAGAUUUAGAGCUUCACGCCGUCUACGAUACCCCAAAACAAGCAGCUUGGAGUGCUCGUGGAGAUCUUGUUAUAGGAGCAGGACUUUCAUAUCGUGUUCUGUCGGCCGUCAGGGACGUCGAAACCCCUCCGGAACCUUGGGAUAUCCUCAAGGAUGACCCUGAAAGUCAGGCAAAGAGCAAUCCUCCUUCGCGCUCACAAUCCCGCCGGGGUAGAGAGAGAACCACGCCACCAGAUCCUGACAAGUCUGCUACUCCGCCAUUGUUUGGCCGUGGAGAUGAAGAUGGUUUCCCCCCGCUUUCUGGAGGCAUAACUGCCACAAAGGCCACCGCGAAUCUAGCUGCGACUCGUCCUGAAAAACGAUCAUUCAGUCCAGCGUCCUUGAGAGUGCAUGAUCAACACUUGGAAGCGCAUAGCGGGCCAUUGAAACGUUCAUUAUCAAGACCACGGAAUGACACAGGGGGUACCUCGGAUAAGCUGGCUGCUGCACGUCCUUAUCCCGUCGGUCGCAGCUUGAGCAGAGGGAAGAAGCAGCCUCUCAAGGGUAUAGCCGCGGUGAUUCAGGCUGAUAUUUCUAUGGUGAUGCGACGACGGGCAAUCCGUGGAUACGGCCUCAAUAGCCCUGAUCACAAUUCCCUUGUAGCUCAGGACGACCAUGAUCCAUAUGAUGGCUCAUCUCAAAUGCUUUCCGAUGUUUGGAAGUGGAUAUCAUAUAGUCGUGAUAUUCUUUGCGUACCGUCGUCAAAGCUUCAUGGUUAUGAUUUCAGCUAUGAGGGUCUACUCAGCAUUUGGGAGGGGUUCCCAGCGUUCACGCACGCAUCUUACGAGGCCCCGUCGGCUUAUGGCAAUACACUUAAUGUCGCUGAUGCUUCGGAUUCUUACCAAGGACGUCGUACUGCAUCGCCUGUAGUUGAUUUACAGGCCAACUUCUUCGCCGCUCUCUCGGAAUUGUUGGCCCGUAGUGAUCUGGACUUGGUCAGGUGGAAGCCUGUAGUGACAACAUCCAAGCUGUUGCAAAGACAAGUGGCCCUUCAAUUGACAGGUUGGAGCCUUAGGGAAGAGGAAUUGAUGGCGGAUAUCAAGAGAUGGGAGGGUGACGGAAAGAUCUCUCGAGCAGCGUGCUGGUUAGUUUUUACCAAACAUUAUGCUAAGGCAGUGGAACUGCUUCUGCGAAGCGAAGAUGAGAGUCACCAUAUGAUGUCCGGAAUUCUUGCGGCUCUAACGCCGCACGGUUCGUCUGCUGCUUUCAGACAUUCGGAGCUGAGGGAACGUGUAAUCGUCAAGCUGCAGGAUCCCUACUUCCGAGCUAUGCUCGUCCACUUGACGUUGGGUGACUGGCGCGAGGUUCUCGACGAAGAGGUUUUACCUUUCCGAGAACGUCUUGCCAUCGCUUUCCAGUUUCUCGACGACAAGACUUUGACUUCAUAUUUGAGACGAGUGAAGGAGCGGAGGGUCCGUGGGGACAUUGACGCUAUGAUCGUCACCGGGUUGACUAAAUCCGGGAUAGAUCUUCUCCAAGCUUAUGUGGACAAAUCUGGAGAUAUACAGACCGCUGCUAUCAUGUCCUCUUAUGUUUGCCCAACCAAGUUUUCUGACGUGCGGGUCGAUCGGUGGUUGGAUGCCUACCGAGAUCUUCUGGAUGGGUUCAAGCUCUUCCACCAUCGGGUGGAUUUUGAUAUCACUCGUGGUCGCCUGAUCCAGGGGGCGAUUGAGGAGGGGUGUAUACCACCUCGCGAGUGGGUGCCUAGGCAAAUUCUGAUUAGGUGUAACUAUUGUAAUAAGCACCUCAGCGACGAGGGGCCUGAGAGCGUACGACGUGGAAAGGCUGCAUGCCCUCAUUGCGGACGUUCCUUGCCCCGAUGUUCUGUUUGUCUUAUGACUCUGAGCGUUAUUCCCGACGGCGCUCGGGAUGUGGAGCUUGCGCGUUCGCAGGCUCAAUACACAGAUACUAUCGAUGAUGCUAUUGUUAUGUGCCAGACCUGCAGGCAUGGUGGGCAUGCCUCACAUAUACUUGAUUGGUUUUUCGGAGAGGAUGGAGAUCAAUGUCAUGCGACAUGCGCCGUAGCCAAUUGUGAUUGUACAUGUGCUAACGAAUUUUGA